GCUAUGCACUUUGGGGAAAUCCACAGACGAUCUUAAAUGUGUAUAUUAAUAUUUGGAACACGCAUUUCAUUGAUAUUUUACAGUUUUUUUGUAGGUUUGAUUAUUUUAUUAGCGAAGGACUGAUUGCAACUAGCGUUGUUUUCUAGGUAGCUUUCGCUUUGCAGCCGUGAAUGUGCUACUUCAAAUCUGCAGAUUGCAUUUUUACAACCAAUCGCGGCAUUCCACUGUAUUUCGCCGGCAAAAACAAAAGAGGGAGUUUGUGAACGUUUACUAUAUCGACGGUUUUCAUAAGAUUGCAGUUGUAACUAUGACAACUGGCGAUUUAAGAGGAUGCCUGCGGAAACUUGAACUUCAUCUUAGAUCCUUGAAGUACCCCAAAGAAGUUGAUUAUGCCGGUUUGGCCAAAGGUGAUUCAUCAUCUUUUUUGCCAGUUCUGAAUUACGCAUUCCUAUCCCAUUCCUCAUAUCUUGCCGAAGAACUCAUAGGAUUUGGAGUUGAACUUGCCGGAAAGAAUGACCAUAGAUUUCUUGAAGCUGUCUACAAGGUGCUGCGGGAUGUCUUCAAUUACAAGCCUCUUUUAACUAAGGAGCAGUUUCUGCAGUUCGGCUUUGCUGAACGGAAGAUCGGCAUCCUCUGUGACAUCAUCGGCUUUGUGACUGAGAGGCACAGAGAGCUGUCUAGAAAUGGCAAGACAAAGAGCAAGCCCCGUUUGCCAAGGUUUAACCAGCAAGCCGAACCCGAGGGGCCUCACUUUGAGGCCGACGUUCUGAAGCCAGUGGGCCCAGCAGUGCCGCCUCCUAAGCCCCUGGUAGAGAGGCACAUGGGUGGCCCAGUGGCAAUUGUGUCCCACUGCUCUUCUGAGGAAUUGUCCUAUGAGGAUGAGGAGGGAGAGGAAGAUGAUGAAAAUGAGUCCUCAACGGAGUUUGGUGCAUCCCCACAGGUGGAGAGCAGGCUGCAGGCUCUCGAGGCCCAGGUCCUGGAGUACCAGAGGAAGCUGGAGACGAUGUCCCUGCUGGAGGACAGGCUGAAGCGGCUGGAGAGGGACACGGCCGGGAAGAUCGUCAUCAACCGGCAGGACUGGGACAACCUGGAGAGCCGCGUGCUGCUGCUGGAGACCAGGCUAGCACUGAGCUCGUCACAGAAACCCUCAUCGCUUGGCCGUGAGGCUGAAAGCGUCGCUCGAGAAAUUGCGACAAUCCAGGAAUCAUCCGAGACCAGCCCCGAGCCGCCGCCCCCGUCGCCACGGAGCCCCCCCCGCAGAGGCCCGGACGCUCACGCGGCCGCCAUCAAUCCCUUUGUUUUGACGGCGGAUCCAAAGGAGAAUAUUAAAGAGCGACUGGAAAGAAUAGCCACCAUGAUGAAUGAAACUUCCAGCCUUCUGAGGAGCACGGAGCCCUCCAUGUAAAUACGUCUCCGUUUUAUCCUUGUGGGAAGUGGAUAAGAUGAUUCUGGAUCAGCUGAUCAUUCUCCUCAUUACUGCUACUGUCCUGCAGAGGGCACUGUGACCUAAGAAUGUUGCAUCUUGUUUGUUCUGUGUGGCUUUGUCUCCAUCUGCUGCUUAGCGCAAGCAUUACAUCUGUUGGUUACACUGAUGUUAGUGAGGUUUUUUUAUUUUCAGAAUAGCAUAAGCAGAAGAAUAACAUUUACAUGGUUUCAAUUUAACUGGAAACUAUGGCUCGCUUCAGCAGUCCAAUCCAUUUCCAUGGACAAGCCCUGGAAAUUCUGUCCCAGUAGGCCUGUAUAAAUUAGGUGCACCACUGUACUGACCAUUUUUUAAGAUAUUUAUUUGCAUGCGUGAAGCAAUUUUUUU